AUGACUGCUGCGUCAGAAAUGAAAACCAAAAUGAAUGAUCCCGGCUUUGAUGACAUACAAAAACAAAAGUUCAUUAAUAAAAAACAAAUGAAACCAGAUAAUGAACCAGCUUGGUGGAUAAAUGGAGCAUUUGUUAUCACCGUUCACAUAAUUACGGUCCUUACACUUUUAUCAUACACUCCUUCAUUUAAAACAGGGGUUAUGACGUUCUUAAUAAGUCAAUUGGCAAUGUUUGGAAUCACCGUUGGAUAUCAUCGAUUAUGGAGUCAUCGAGCAUACGAGGCCAAGCUUCCUUUACGUAUUGUCUUAGCCUUCAUGGGUACACUAGGAUUCCAAGGUUCCAUCAAAUGGUGGGUUCUUCGUCACAGAUUACAUCAUAGAUGGACGGACACGAAAGACGAUCCCUAUUCAGCAGCCGAAGGAUUUUGGUUUUCCCACAUGGGCUGGAUCUUUAAGAAACCCCAUUAUCCAAACAUGAAAUUGAUUGACGCCUCGGAUCUCAAUGCUGAUCCCGUAGUGAGAUUCCAACAUAAAAAUUACGUUUCUUUAGCGUUAAUCAGUGGAAUAGCACUUCCAACUUUGAUCAGUUCUCUAUGGGGUGAUGCUCUUGGUGGAUUUCUGUACGGUGGCAUACUAAGUCGUGUUAUUAUUUGGCAUUCAACAUUUUGUAUUAAUAGCUUCGCGCAUUGGGCUGGUGACCAAAUUUAUUCAACUGAAGUUUCGGCUCGUGGAAAUCUGUUACUUGCCAUAAUGACUAACGGUGAAGGUUAUCAUAACUUCCAUCAUGAAUUUCCCAAGGAUUUCCGAAAUGGGUACCGUUUAUCCGAUUGGGAUCCCUCAAAAUGGAUCAUCUUCCUUUUACACACCCUAACAAAUCAAAUUCCAACAGUAACUCGUGUUCCCGAUAAUGAAGUUAACAAAGCAGUUGCCAAUAUGGAAUUAUAUAGAGCCCAAGAAAAACGACAAAAAUGCGAUUGGGGUGUUGAUUCAUCCUUAUUGCCUGUCAUGACUUAUGAGGAAUAUAAACAAAAACAAAGUAGUGAAGGAAAGGAAUGGAUAUUAGUUGACGAGUUUGUGUUGGAUGUUUCAUCAUUUAAAGACUCGCAUCCUGGUGGUGCAAAAAUUUUAAAGAAUUAUUAUGGUAGAGACUCCACUAAAGCAUUUUAUGGUGGUUUGAACAUACAUACUAAAGCUGCUAGGACCAUGACAGCGAUGUUGAGAGUUGCCAAAAUUGAAAAGGAACAGAAAGAAGAGUGA